ACGAGUCCGGUGCGCACUAGCAGCAUGAAUAACUGACCGCACCGGUACCAGUGUAAAUGGGGAACGCUCAGAAGAAGGGUGCUGGCUCUGCUGGUGGCGGUGGGGGGAGAGGGGAGAGCGGAGGGACACACGCCGGCACCGCGAGCCCGACCAGGAGCAGAGCCGGCCAGGGAAAUCCCGGAAGCUCGGAGGCCAGGAAAGUGCUGGCGAACGGAACGCACGGUACGGAUACAGACAGAGACCGCGACCAGGAUCAGAGCGGGACUGCGCCAAACACAGGGGUGAACCUGGAUGCCCCCGCCGGUGCGCUACCGCCCGCCCUGGCCCGCCUGAAGAACGAGGGGAACCUGCUGUUUAAGAACGGCCAGUUCGGGGACGCGCUGGAGAAGUACAGCCAGGCCAUAGACGGGUACACACAGUCAGGUAUCGACAGUCCCGAGGACCUGUGUAUUUUAUACUCUAACAGAGCUGCGUGCUACCUGAAAGAUGGAAACAGUUCAGAGUGCAUCGAGGAUUGUACAAGGGCGCUGGAGCUCCACCCCUUUUCCCUCAAGCCCCUCCUCCGCAGGGCGAUGGCGUACGAGACGCUGGAGCGCUACAGGAGAGCGUACGUGGAUUAUAAAACCGUCCUGCAGAUCGACCACGGCGUGCAGGCGGCUCACGACAGCGUGCACAGGAUCACGGCGCUGCUCCUGGAUCAGGACGGUCCUCAGUGGAGGGAGAAGCUCCCCGAGAUUCCUAACGUCCCCCUGUCAGCGCAGCAGCACCGGCGGGAGGAGCCCAGCGCCGAGGUCCUGCAGGCUCGGGCCGCCAGAGAGGAGGAGAUCAAAGCCAGGAAGGCGGAGGUUCGAUUCAAUCAGCUGAAGCAGGAGGGAAACGAUCAGGUGAAGAAAGGCGAGUUUAAGGGUGCGGUGGAGAAGUACAGCGAGUGCAUCGACAUCAAAGCCAGCGAGUCCUCCGUCUACACCAACAGAGCUCUGUGUUACCUGAAACUGGAGCAGUUCGAGGAGGCGAAGCAGGACUGCGAUUCGGCGCUGCAGAUGGAACCCGAUAAUAAAAAAGCUUUUUACAGACGAGCGCUCGCUUACAAGGGCUUAAAGGACUAUCUCUCCUCCAGUUCAGACCUGCAGGAGGUGCUCCGUCUGGACCCCAACGUCCCUGAGGCUGAACAGGAGCUGCAGGAGGUGACGGUUCUACUGAGAGAGAAACUGGUGCAAACUAACACUCAGGGCUGAUUUAUUCUGGGAUUAUAAAAGGCGACGACGCGCGAGGAGAUGAUCAGAGAAAUAAAAACCACUCGUCUUCCAUCAGAGCCUCGCAGAGCUGAACCGAUUCAGCCUGCAGAACUGAGACACACAGUAAAUCCAGCAGGAAUUGAACGCACCUUUGUUCCCUCAGUCAGGAGAAGAUCUUCAUCAUGAUGAACCUGCUGCAUGUUCCUCCGUUCCUUCACCGCCCGACUGCAGCUUGAGGCAUGCGCCGACACUAGAGCGCCGCAUCACCGCAUCGUCCGACUGCAAUAUCAUCGUCAUCAUCACAGUAAAAGAUUUAAAGAUGCUUUAUUGUUUUUAUAUCAAAUGUUACUGCGAGCUUUUAAAUAUAUUAUUAUUAUUAUUAAAUAAUGUAAAGAUUUAACAUUUGAAAAUAUUAUUGAAUGAGUAAAUAAAAUAAAGAGGUGGAAUGAU